AUGCAAGUGAGCAGCUUGCUUAUUCCGCGCCGAAGUGAAUGUCUCCAGCCAUGGCUUCCGAGCGCAAUCUCGAAAGCAUUCACUGAAGGUGGUCGGUGUGCUGAUAUGUUUGCCUCCAAGGUACCUUGCAAGUGGUCGGGAAAGGUCGGGUAUGAGAAUUGUUUGCGGAAGGUUUGUACACCUCAUAGUACAGCGCCCAUUGUGCAGUAUAUGCUUCGUGAAGUCUUGCGAAUGUGGCGGAAAGAAGUCUCAUAUAUGAGAUUCACUUGCACCAUGUUUGUACUCUGGUCCGGGGAAGUGUUCGCGAUGGAAGUCUUUUCCGCAUUCGGCAUAUCCAAUCUCUGGCUGAAAAGUUCUAAAUCUGUCAUCAGUGCGGUACUCUUUGCGACUCCUAUCAGUGGCACAUCCGUCUAUACCGCGCAAUGGUGCUAUGGAAGUCGUGCUCGCUCCUGCUCGUAG